CCCCGCCCACCUGCAUCAAACUAAGCAUGAGCAGAAAUAAAGGGUUGGCCGUUACAGGCCACUGUCAGCACAGCGUUUAGUGUGUUUCGGAGGUCAACAUGGGGAAAUAAGGUUAUAAUACGAUACUAGAUAGCGUCCUGUUGUGAUCGAAUGUCGUCAUGGGAAGCAAAGUGAGUGGCAAGAUGGCAGCUGCCAGUCGGGUCGUGCAGGUUGUGCGGCCUCAUGCACCUUUAAUUAAGUUUCCAGAUCGGAAGGGCGUCCCUAGGCCAAAUGUACAAGAGGCUCUAAAGGUGCUUGCAGCCAGUCUCCCACAGAUCUCCCCAUCCGCACCUCCACCUACAGCAUCAAUAUCACCUCCACCCAGACCACCGGGACCCGUCAGCCGACUGCCUGGCACCCCUGACAGCAUUGAUGUAGUUAGAGAUCUCCCUCAGAAGUACCGCAGAAGAACUCUUGCGUUAGAUGAAAUGGACUACAUCCAGCGUGGUGGACCAGAGUGACAUGAUCCGGUCCGGUUCAUUCAAUCAGACUUAAUUAGUCAAAAUCAUUUGCCUGACCUUUUUUUUCAGUAUAAGAGGAGUUCAUAAUGUCAUACAGCAAACCAAACUAAUUAAGUUAUACUUUUAUUGUACAUACAGAUAUUAUUUGACAGUUUCAUUAUUUAGGUGCUCUGUAUUUACAUUAAAAUGCACAACUCUUUGCCUUCUUAAUCUUCCCUCUGUGUUGGACUGGCUACUCUGGACAGCACCUCUUCUGACCAUCAUGAACAGAGUUUAUGAAUUUGCUCUUCCAUUUCAUUACAUGUUCUGGAUUCAGAAAAAAGCUCUGAUUUGAGUGCCAGCAUAUUCUACAAAGUGGAUCACUAUGUGUAUUGUGGAACUGAGCAAUUAAAAUAUUUACUAAUUUUGGAAA